AUGCCCUCCGGCACGGGCUCGAAUCAAACAGCCAACCCUUACGAGCACUACGACGCACCUGUAGAAGACGACCUGAUUGACCCAGACGACGCCACCCUCGACGAACUCGACGACCCCCGAAACCAAAGCGACCGCGCCCCCCUAACCGGCCGCAUCACUAACAAUCAAGCUCAAUCCAACACCCGCGCCGCCGGCAACACCCAAGGCUACCUCAAUUCCGCCAUCCCCGGCGAAGACCGCCGCGCACCGAUCAACACGAUCGACGAGUCGGUGUGGGACACGCUGAGGAGAGACCUGCUGGCUGUGUGGGAGAAGAUGCGGCAGGUGCUGUAUCCGAAGUACCUGCUCGGUGGCAUGAUGAACAGCGGUGGGCAAGGUAUGGGCGACGCGCAGAUAGAGGAGGGACAGGGGCUGAUGGGUGGUGCGGCGGGUGCCAUGGGGCAGAUUCGGGGACUGGUGGGGAGGUGGCCGGAUGCGGAUGCUGUGCUGCAGGGUGGUAUGAGCGAAGGGUUGAGAGAUUGGGAUCUUUGGUAUGUGCAGGCAAUAUACUGGUGUGGAGGAUACUAUGCUGACAUCAGAAUCAGGGGCCCACUGCUCUUCUGCCUUCUGCUGUCUUUCCUGCUCAGCAUCAAUGCGCGGGAAGACCAGCGCUCGCUCGUCUUCAGCGGCGUCUUUGCGACCAUCUGGAUCGCCGAAGCCAUUGUCACGCUGCAGAUCAAGCUGCUUGGCGGCACGAUUUCCUUCUUCCAAUCCGUCUGCAUCAUCGGCUAUACGCUCUUCCCGCUCGUCAUUGCGUCGCUCUUAUCCGCGCUGCGCGUCCCGACCAUUGUGCGAAUACCAGUCUACUCAGUGCUUGGUCUCUGGUCGCUAGCAGCCGGUGUCAGCAUUCUCGGCGGAAGUGGGGUGGUGAAGAAUCGCGUCGCGUUGGCGGUAUAUCCGCUGUUCGUGUUCUACGUCGGACUGGACUGCUUGUGUUUCAUCUCUUGA